AUGGACUUCCUUCGAUCCAUCUCGAACGAGUCUCAGUCUUCAUCUUCUGAGCUCUCGUCUUCUGAGUUCUCGCCAGUCGGACCCGAAUCUGAGGAUCCUCUUGCGCAACUGGCGAAGGAAGUGAAGCAGCAGCAGCCAUUCACCACUAAAGAGAGCUUACAAAAGUCCUUGGAACGCCGUCAACGAGCGCUUCAGCAAGACAAAACUCGAGAUCAGUACCUCGUCUUCACGUCUGUCCCCCGGGCGCAAUCUUCCAGACUGAGUGAUGAUCGGUCGCGAACAAGUAAGUACAGUCGAUUCUUUUUUAAUACAAAAACGGGAACCUUGAUUGCGAAAGUCACGCCAAAUCCUGCACAUGAACUUGCAAUAAGAUCAUUUGAUUCGCUGAUCUCUCUCGAGCUGCGUGCGAUGAACGUCCAUCGUGACGUGAGGCCUUUCGGUUCGACAACAGUUGCGGUUGGAAAUUGGAAAAAGGAGGCUGACUGCUGCUGGGCUCCGGCUUCGACAAAUGCAAGACUGAGUUUUGUGGUUGAAGUAGGAUUGUCGGAGUCUGCGCGACAACUUGCUCUCGAUGCACGCGGUUGGCUUGAGACUUACUCCUCAUCUGUGAAAGUUGUGGUUACGAUCAGCAUUCAACGCAAAAGACCCGAGAUCAUCUUGCACCUACGGGAACUUGUUCCCCGAGGAUAUAGCGUCCUUACAAGGUCAUCCCCUCUUUCAGCGCGUUGUACUGCAUUCCUCAAAUUAUCUCGAACGAAUAACACGACAUCUGUUACCGGAGAGUCCUACAUUAAUGGCACAACUAUGACUACUACACAGCUAGAUCUACCCUUCGACAAGGUUGUUGGCCGUCCUCCUCACCAACCCCUGGAGAAAGACUUAGUGAUACCAGAGCAAGAGCUGAGAAGUUUUGCCGAGGAUAUCUGGAGUGAGCAGAGUCUCAUAUAA